UGGUGUCGGGAACAGCAUUUCCACCCGACAGCUAUUCCCUGCUGGACCCGUUUGGAAUUCGACUUCCAUGCAAGUGUGUAGCGCACAGAUCUGUCGUUUAGCGGGUUAGCUUGCUAACUGUAUAACGGGAAAUGAAUGGAAUUGGAGACGGUUUAACCAAUAAUUUUAAAUAACAGAUCGGUCAAUGUGUCUAAACCCAUCCACGACUAAGCUAGCUCGCUAGCUAACGCCUGUCCUCUUGAAUUGCUUGUUAAUUAAUAUAGCGAGCAGUAGCUAGCUAUCGCUACCUAACAUAGCUAGCCAGUUGGCUGACUAGCCAGAAUUAGCUUGCUAGCGAACAAGCUACCUUAAUUGCAAAAAAUACUGUGAGUCGUCCUCAGAGCCUCUAAAGCUAACUGAAUAACUUAGUAUUAGCUAAUUUGCGUGCUGUCUCAAGGUUAGCCGCCCUCCAGUUCUACAAGCUGCAAGUGGAUCCUAGGUAGCUCUGCGUAGUACAGGAAAGAGAAUGGAACCGUCGCAGCAGGGUGGCCCCGACCCCGCCUCAGAGGAGGUGAACCCCGCCUACCUGCAGCAGCUGCGGGAGUUGGACAUACCUGAGGAAGCAGCCAAGCAGGCUCUUAUACACACCAGAAACGUGUCUGCAGAGGAGGCUGCCAUGUACUACUUCAACAAGCUGGAGAACGAGGAGGAAGUUGAUGAUGAUCUUGUAUUCAAGAUGGUGUUUGUGGUGAAUAUGGAUCUGUCCAUGGGGGUGGGAAAGGUGGCAGCGCAGGUUGCUCACGCCGCGGUGGGGCUGUACCAGGCCCUGCAGGAGAAGAACAGCUGGAGGGAGAUGGCAUGGAAGUGGGACCGCACUGGGGCACAGAAAGUGGUGAUGCAGGGCACUAAUAUGGCACACCUACUGGAGCUGCAGGCCUUGGCCAUGAGUCUCAGCCUUCCCACGUACCUGGUGCAGGAUGCUGGCCACACCCAGGUGGAGCCUGGCUCUCGCACUGUCCUGGCCCUGAUUGGAGAAGAGGAACUGGUCAGCAACGUGACCGGCAGCCUGAAACUGCUCUGAGGGCCGGGGGGGGACACGCCCCGCAGCGCACCGCGGCGAACAGCAGGGGGCAGCAUCGGCUUUCAGCGGGAGGGUCCUGGCACACUAGCAUCGCAAAAAAACAAAA